UGGUGAGGGCGGGGCCGGCGCCGGGUGGCAAAGUCCGAAGAGCCGCUAAGAUGCUGCUGGAUUUGUCCGAGGAGCACAAGGAGCACCUGGCCUUCCUGCCGCAAGUGGACACUGCAGUGGUCGCCGAGUUCGGGAGGAUCGCCGUGGAGUUCCUCCGACGGGGCUCAAACCCGAAGAUCUACGAAGGCGCCGCCAGAAAACUGAACGUGAGUAGUGACACUAUCCAGCAUGGUGUGGAAGGAUUAACGUAUCUCCUCACGGAGAGCUCAAAGCUCAUGAUUUCUGAACUGGAUUUCCAAGACUCUGUCUUUGUUCUGGGAUUCUCUGAAGAACUAAACAAAUUAUUGCUUCAGCUGUACCUGGACAACAGAAAGGAGAUCAGAACUAUUCUGAACGAGUUAGCACCUCGUCUUCCCAGUUACCAUAGUCUUGAGUGGCGGCUAGAUGUACAGCUUGCAAGCAGAAGUCUCCGGCAACAGAUUAAGCCAUCAGUGACCAUAAAGCUGCACCUCGAUCAGAAUGGCGACCACAGCACUCAUUAUUUGCAGACAGACCCAGCUACCCUGCUUCAUUUGGUUCAGCAGCUGGAGCAGGCGUUAGAGGAAAUGAAAACAAACCACUGCAGGAGAGUAGUCCGCAGCAUCAAGUAGCUCUGAGGUUCCCUUCCUUCCAGUUGGAGACACAGGCGUGGCAGUGGAACGUCUGGAUUCGUGGAGUUUCUUUCCCUGCUUAGGAUGUUGAAAUCUUGAUCAGAAGCUGAGCCGCAGCUCUGUUUUGGUGCUGAAUGCGGUCAGCUUCUUGGCAGGUUGGAAAGCAUUUUUUACUUCAAGUGUGUAAAGAGGAUGGACCAACUAAGAUGGAUCAGUACUGUUCCUGAUUUCUGUGGAUAUGUGACUUCGGACUUGGAUAUUUUUUUUAUCUACUUUAUUUCCUUUGUUCUUGAUCAAAAUUUGAAAAUAAAAUUCACUGUUACUACUUAGAA